AUGGGUGUUAGUUUAUAUAAUGGGGCAUUCGGAAUCACAGUGGAACGUGAGUCCCUUAGGUGCAUGUCAAAGACAUCUACUAUUCGCAUUCCUAUGUCCGUUGUAGCGGUUGCUCCGCUUGAAAAUGAUAACGACACAAAUUUCGAGUUGUUAGUGAAUUACUUAGGAGUGACUGAUGAAAAGGCUAUUGAACAAUUGCACCAAUACAGUGAAGAGUAUGUGAGUUUGUCAUGGUUACGGGUGCGAUUCUCCAAUGUUUCAGACACAAAUUCAGAGGAGCACAUCAUGUAUUCGGCCAAAGCAUAUUUGCCAAAUCUCUUAGGUUGCACUUUGUUUGUUGACAAGACUGGCAAGAGAGUCCAAAUUGUGUACCUUAGACUACUUAGAGACCUUGAUAGUGUUGCUGGUUAUUCAUGA